CUGGACCUCAGCCUCUCUUACUUGACAGCGGUGUUUCUGCGGUGCUGGACGCGGUGGAUAGCAGCCGGAUAGAAAUCUAUAAAGAUGGCCUCGGCUACAGCGACCUACGGGCAGAAGGAGUCUUCGGACCAGAACUUUGACUAUAUGUUCAAGAUCCUCAUCAUCGGCAACAGCAGUGUGGGCAAAACCUCCUUCUUGUUCCGCUACGCCGACGACUCCUUCACACCGGCCUUCGUCAGCACGGUGGGCAUAGACUUCAAGGUGAAGACCAUCUACAGGAAUGACAAGAGGAUCAAACUGCAGAUCUGGGACACAGCUGGUCAGGAGCGUUACCGCACCAUCACCACAGCUUACUACCGAGGAGCCAUGGGCUUCAUCCUCAUGUACGACAUCACCAACGAGGAGUCCUUCAACGCCGUCCAGGACUGGUCGACUCAGAUUAAAACGUACUCGUGGGACAACGCCCAGGUGCUGCUGGUAGGAAACAAGUGUGACAUGGAGGACGAGCGAGUGGUGAGCGGAGAGAGAGGCCGGCAGCUGUCUGAACACCUUGGUUUUGAGUUCUUUGAGGCCAGCGCCAAGGACAACAUCAACGUGAAGCAGACCUUUGAGCGCCUGGUCGACAUCAUCUGUGAAAAGAUGUCCGAGAGUCUGGAUGCCGGCGAUCCCGCCGUCACAGGGGCCAAACAGGGGCCCCAGCUGACAGAGCAGCCUGCUCCUCCUCACCAGGACUGUGCAUGUUAAAGCUGACUAAUCUCCCAAACAUUUCUCCGCUGUCUCUCUCCUUGUCCUCCCUCAGCUGGACCCAGGUCCUCGGGUCCAUAUUUCAUCACCCUUCUCACUCUCUUUCCUGCUUCUUUCUGUCUGUAGGAUCAUUUGGUUGAUGAUCACAAGAACUUGGCUGAAAAGGUUCUGAAAUGCUCUGAAAUGCGAGUGGUCCAGUUUUUGAGAUGUUUUUGCUUCUGGUUUCUCCACAUAAAGGAGCUAAAUGGUGUUGUUUUAUCAGUGCUGGUGCUGGUCUGAUGCCAAAGCAAGUUCGGUCAAACCAGAGCGUUUCAGACUCUUUGCAGCUCAGGUUCUUGAAGGUCUCCGACCCAUCUUCUGUUGGUUUCCCUGUUCCUCAGUGUGGUUUUAUAAGAAGGAUUUGACGGCGUACAUCCUCAGAGUGCCAUUUAAAUCCUUCCAAUGUUUACAGUACUUUGUUUCAUGUCAGUCAAAUGUCUUGAAAAGAUGCCAGCCUUGGAUGUGGUGACCAAGAAGGCCACUGUGGCGUCACGUGGGAGUGACGAUCCAGCUGAGAUCUGCUAGAUAUCGAUGUGUUACAUUUCAUAUAUGUCAUAAAUGUUUCUUUUGUUGUCUCCGCUGGUAUCUAAACAUGGAUACUGCAAGAAUUAUCAGUCAUUUGUUUUUCAAUGUUCACCUGAACAUUUUCAUUCGGCCUUUUUUAUGUUUUUACAUUUCUUCAGCAAACUUUUGUUUUAUAUUCUGGUGUUCUUUUUAUUCUGUUCGUACAUGAAAACGCAGGGUGGGGAAAAUAUGAACAAGCUAUAGCUAGGUGAAAAAUAGCAAAAAAAAUUACACAUUUUAUUUAAUUAUAUUUAUUUCAAAUGUACAUAUAAAUGUUGUGCAAUAUAUAUAAAAUAUCUACAAGUAUGCAUUUCUGGAAAUAAAUUUUAAAGAGUAUGAAGUUCUAUGAGGAUAGUAUCAAAUAUAAGAGGUUUAUGUCGUAGGGUUUGUUUGGAUGAUGUGUGGAAGAAGCUCCUCUGUGAGUUACUAUAUUUCCCUGUUGGUUUCAUCCUACUUUCAGAGAUGUUGCAAAGUCCGAAAUGUCCCAAGAAGAAUCUAGUGGGACAAGUUUGCGUCUGAAUUCCAAGUUGUACAUUUAGUGACAUGUUUGUCGUCCCUUAAAUCCCCUCGGAGUGAUUUUCAGCAGUCGCUAAGGCCUGACAGCUUAACUCUGGUCUUCGAGGAAGGUUCUUGCUAGAGAAACUUUGUGCUGCAUCAUAAAUGUUGUUUUAAGCCAGACAGGUGACUGUAAUUCAACUGACAUCAAGAGUUUUGCAAAAUAGAAAAAUUAGUCUUGUGAAAGCUCAAAGUCAUCUAGUUCGUCAGUGACAUAUUAAGUAGUGUGGCAAAGCUUUCGCCACCAUAUUAUUCAUGUUGUCAUUAACAGAUAAUGCAAAAAUCUGCAUUUUGUGCAACACAGUCGUGCAGCUGUGCAAGCUAAAGACGCUACGUAUCGAUAUCACAAUAGUUUACAUUAGGCAAAGAAACCCAAGCAGAUGUCUGUUUCUAAACUGCUAAGCUGUGAGGUUUAAAUUAUGUAAUUAGAACUGCUGACAAUUUCUGACAUCAGACUUGAACAGAACUUUGAGUUUUCAUCUCCCUGACAGCUGUUCCUGGUAGCUCCUUUAUCAAAUAUCAAAUCAUUUAGACAUUUUAAUGCUCUCCAAAACAUGCUGACAUGGUUUGGAUGAUGCAAACAAGGUUUAGUUAGAUAUGUUCAUGGUAUUUUGCCUCUAUCUGGUUGUUAGUCCAAAGGCAAUGAAAGGAAACAUCAGGAGAGAACAGAAUGACGAGUGGCAAGGAUCUCCAACAGACCGAGAACCAAGUUUUGUUGUCUUUGACUACUCAGUGACUAUGACAUGCAGGCUUGUUUCGGCAUCACUGAGACUAAAAUUGCAGUUUCUUUCUACACAAGUCAAAGCAGAGUCCCUCUGAUAGACAACUACAGUCAUGUAUUUUUGUUUUGCUGGUGCUGUGACUUGGAGGAGAGCAAAGAUUAUGCUGACACAUGGUACAAGACAGCAAGAUUCAAGAUGGGGCAAACAUUAGACAUACAUGUAGCAUGCAUGGCAUAUAAGUACUUUGUGAUGAUGGAAAUCCAAAAUGUCAGUCAAGGCAAGUUCCUGUCACUUCUGACAAACACAGCAUCUGUUUCUAAGUCUAGUUUACACCCAGUGGAUUCAGGCUUAUUCGUGCUGUGUUAGCAGUUCACAGCUACUCAUCUGUUUGGUUCUAUUAAGAGAGAGAGAGAAGAGAGAGAAGAGAGAAUAACAAAUGUCCGCUCAUUUUGGAUAAUUGGAAGAAAAGUGUCAAACUACACACCAACUCUUCAUGUUUCGUUGCCUAAUAACAAACACCUCUUAUGGCAAGACGUCUUUAUAGUCAGUAUUACAGAGCAGCUUUGCUAAACUCUGGUGGGUUCUUGUGUGGACGCCAGUGUAUUUGUCUGUUUGUAUGUGAUGUUAUCUCUGCUCAGUCUUCAGGUACAUUAUGGACAGCACUGUUUAAAGUCAAACAAGCAUCAGACAGCUGGAGGCAGACUGUUCACAGACCAGGUAGCUCGAGCCGAUGCAGGUGUUAAAUAUUCUGUUCUGGGGUAUUUCUAAAGUCAACAUGGCGUCACUCAUUUGGGCAUGCCUUCCCUCAGAAAGUAUUUGCGUGCUUGUUUUAAUGCAGUUUCCACAGUUAAAACUGGUUUGCCAGGUAUCCCUUUCUUUUACUUCACCAAAGAUUGCUGUAGAGGCAGCUCACUGUUUGUGCUGUAGGUUGCCAGAAUGAGCAGCGAGACCAGUUUUGCAAUUUUAAAACUGUAAUCAGACAAGUUCUGCUUGGUGCAAUGCAGUGAACCCUGGUUGUGGGGAAAUGAUUUUAUAUUACUGCUUUUACAAGCUUGCUGGAGACAUUAAAUAAUAGAUGAGGAGGGUGGCACCUAUGGACUGAGAGGGCAAAGCACUAUAAAAAUCAAUAAGAUGGUUAAAAAUCAGGGACUUCAUAAAGCCAGUGUGUAUGACUAUGUGAUUAAAGCAAAUCUGAAUCAGACAAGCUCUUCUAUUGAGUGUAACUGUUAGGACUGUUAAAGUUUUAGAAAAUGAGGCCUCGGUCAAAAUGUCCCUGUCAAAGUAGCGAUGUUGUUAUUAGAAAAGGGAGUGAUGAUUUGUUCAGGAAUUAUCACAACAAAUCUGGGAAAUGAUUAUGGUCCUGCGUAUAUUUUACUUCUUACUGGUUGUGACUGUUUCUUUUCCAGUAAAAUCUAAACUUUUAAACUGUUCUCCUUUCUAAUAUGUCUUCCUCUCCAUAUAAACAUAUGUAAAUAUUGUACCUUUGAGUCAUAUGUGUGGAUUGUGUUGUAUUGACUCAAGCUUGCAUCAAAAAAUAAAAAAAACAAGAAAAAAAGAGGAAAAAAAAGACAGUAAAACCUGAAAACCCCAAAAGAGCCAUGUUGUACUGUAUCUGCAUUCAUUUCUAGGCCUGCUCGUGAAUGAAUGUGUCACUCAGUUACGAAGCAAUACACACUACAGUAUGUACACAAAAUCAAAUGCCAUCAAGCUUGGUAGAGGUUGCCGACUUUAGAUCUUCUACUAGCACGCAGAAACGUGUAACUUUAUUUGGUCUCGUAUCACUGCCUCUUCAAAUCCUCCUCAGUUUGGGCCAUUAAGGUGAGAGAAUAUGCUGUGGAUGUUUUUAUCUGUACUUUGUGGUAAAACAAUAAAAAAGUUGCUAACAAUCA